CCGCUUUUUUUAGUGUUUGUGUGUUUUGUUGUGUUGUGUUUAGAAGUUUUUCAAAGAUGCCGUUUGUGCGACCAGCGAGCGUGCCCAUCGGGCAAGUCUGGAGCCGGUUCAAGGGCCGCGAGAGAGACGGCAAGCCGGCACAAAUGUAUCAAAUAAGAGACAUGGAUGAGAGCACAAGAAAAAUAUGUUUGGAUAUGAUGCAGGAGACGUUUCUAAGAGACGAACCGCUUUGUGCUAUAUUAGGAAUAAACGAUGACCCAGUAUCCAUAGCAACGAUCAGAGCGAACUGGGAGGCCUAUGUAUCUGGGAACACGAGCCUGGCCUGCUUCACAGAGGUGGAUGGACAGCCCAAAGACCUGGUGGGGUUCAACAUAGUCAUUGUCAAGAGUAAGGAUGAUGAGGAAGAGGAUUUUGAUAAGAUCCAAGGUGAGUCCUGGAAGAAGCUCCUCCGCACCCUGAUCGCGGCUGAGGAGAUGUGCAACGUGUUUGAGCACUACGGCGUGGACCGGUACCUCACGUCCAGUGGCCUGACUGUGUUGCCCGAGCACAGGGGACAGAAUAUCGGCGCCAGGCUGUUUGAGGCACGGGAGCCUCUCGCUAAAGCGCUAGGCAUCACUGCCACGGCGACGGUGUUCACAGCCUCGGCCUCGCAGGCACUGGCAGCCAAGUGCGGCUACGAGCUGCUGUCAGAGCUGCACUACAGCGACAUGUCGGCGCAGGGAGUGUGUCUGUCCGACUGUCCGACACCCACUGCUAAAUAUAUGGGGAAGAAGUUUACACCUUAA